AUGGGACUUGCUGCCUCGUCGUCGCUUCCAAACGCCCAUACAUCCCCAUUAGGUUUUAUCCGGAAGCCAAACAGGCGGAAUUCAAACACGAGCAUUACACUUAGUGGCAAUACAGCUUUCAUAGACUCGGGAGUAGGCUUGUCGAAUGGACAACCCACCGUAGCCGCGACGCAUUACAUUACAAGUAUAGAGGAUCUCGAAGCCAAUGACGAGAACACGUUGCAGUCCAUGCGCGAAGCUAGGAAUAACCUGGCCAUUGUGGAGCGAGAGCACACGUGUUCGAGUAGUGAUGAUGACAACGAGCCCGAGCAGACGCCCAGCGAUAACUUGCAAUUGAGAUAUACGGAUAUUACGCUUGGGAAGGAGUUGGGUCGAGGAGGGUUUGGAGUGGUGUACGCUGGCAGUCUCUAUGGAUCUCCCGUGGCCAUCAAAAUGCUGCAUUCAAAUGUUGCGGAUAGCGACGAGUUCCUGAACGAAAUUGAUGUCAUGAGGCGGCUUCGUCACCCGAAUAUCGUGCUGUUUGUGGGUGCUACAGUGGGGCCAGAUCCGCUUUGUAUCAUCACAGAAUUAGUAUCCCGCGGCCCGCUUAUGAAGAUUAUAGACGAUAAGAAGGAACCUUUAGGCUUAGGAG